AUGGGAAUUAUAUUUAAGUUCAUAAAUGGCGGGGAGAUUAAGUUAGAGCCACAAACUGACGUCACCGUCAAAGAAGCAAAAAAGGUUGUCGGAGAUACUGGGAACCUUGAUGGCGAAAUCUCUUUAAUCUAUAAAGGUCGUAUAUUAAACGACGACGAAAUUGUAAAUAACCUUGAAGGGGUGAAUGAAAAUUUUAUUAUAGUGCAUAACAAGCAUGAAAAACGACGAAUCGAUGCUUUCAACUUUUUAUAUCAUCCCAUUAAUCCACUCGCAGCUUUGGCACAACUUCGAUUAGAAAGACGCGAUGAAACAGAUCCUCCAAAUUUUGAAGAACUAAUUACAAAUUUGGUUGAAUUAGGCUUUGAAAGAUCAGAAUGUGAACGUGCUCUCCGGAUUACUAGCUACGAUCCAAAUAAUGCAGCAUCUUUAUUGCUAUCCGGGAGUCUUAGCGGUAUUCCAACACUAAUAAAUGCUCCAAAUCAUUUACUUCAACUAAACAGAUCAGAUGAUGACUCAGUAGAUGAAAGUUCAGAUGAAGCAAUUAAUAGAAUCAAUUAUUCAAGCGGCUACGAACGGGAUCAAGAGGAAGAGGAAGAAUUAUAUGAUAAUAGCAUGCUAUUCGACGACGAAGAAGAUAAUAUGAGUGAGGACUAUUCUGAAGGUGAAGAAGAUGGAGAACAGGAAAUCGAAGGAACAAUUACAAUUUCCGCACACGAUUUAGGUGAAAUUAGAGAAUUAAUGAGGCUAGCAAAUACAGAUUUCCAUUCUGCAUUCAACGCUUAUAAUGAUUCUGAUCGAAAUUUUGAUGCCGCAUUAUUUAUCCUCACUCAUUAA